AUGGAAAAUGGACUGCCUUCAAGAGAUACAGAAAACGGCACACAGACAGUGUGUGGCCAGGUGGUGGCCAAAAACCGUAUUGUGGGAGGAGAGGAUGCCUCUCGUGGGGCUUGGCCAUGGCAAGUCAGCCUCCAGUAUAAAGGAAAGCAUGCCUGUGGCGGGACCCUCAUCAGUGCUGAGUGGGUGCUGACGGCAGCUCAUUGCUUCCCAAGGAAGGCAGCACUCUCUGACUAUCGAGUGAACUUGGGCAACUACCAGCUCUCCAACCCAGACCAAAACGCUCUGUGGUUGAGAGUCUCCCGGGUGUUUGCACACCAGGGCUACGCCGGAGAUGGGACCAGUGGCGAUAUUGCCCUGGCCCAGUUGGAACAUCCUGUACGCUUCACUCAGGUCAUCCUCCCGGCCUGUCUCCCAGAUGCCAAGGUCCAGUUUCCAGGCGGCACCUUAUGUUGGGUGACGGGAUGGGGAGCCCCAUAUUAUGGAGCUACCCUGGGGGCUCCCAAAACCCUGCAAGCGAUCCAGGUGCCCUUGAUACACACAAUGCCCUGUGAUGCCAUGUACCACAUUGGCACGGGUAUCAACCCCAGUACCCGAGAGAUCAAGGAUGACAUGAUCUGCGCUGGCUAUGCCAAGGGAGAGAAAGAUGCAUGUCUGGGUGACUCUGGAGGUCCCUUGGUUUGUGAAGAGGAUGGUGCUUGGUUUGUGGUGGGCAUUGUGAGCUGGGGUGACCUGUGUGCUGUCCCCAACCGCCCAGGCGUCUACACCCGUGUCGGCUUCUACGAGGACUGGAUAAAGAGGCACUAUCCCAGAGCUCAGUUCGGCCUUGUGAAUAUCACUUAUUACCAAGCAUCGGCCUCCAGCCUUGUCCUCAAAGAUUUACACUUAUCGCUUCUGUUCACUGUCUGCUGCCUCACUACCAUUCUUCUGACAUAG